AUGUCCAAAUUCAAACAACCGAACUAUGCAGAAAUCCAAGCAUUGGACGAUAAGCUAGGAAAAUUGAAAUUUCGCCGUUUCUCUGUUUCCGUAGAUGGUAACUGCUUCUUUCACGCUGUUGUUCGUCAACUGGAACUAAAGUUUCCAGAAAAGCAAUGCACCCACGAGGAGCUUCGACUUGCCUCUGUGGAAUAUUUGGAACAAAAUGAUGCUAUUGGCUCCAAUCAUGGUGAAUCAUGGAAAAAUUUUCUCAACAACGAGUCUGGAGAAGACUACCUAUCACGCAUGAGACUUGACGCAGAAUGGGUAGACCAUAUUCUAAUACAGGCUGCGGCAAGUUGUCUCAAAUGCAUCAUUGUUAUCAUAAGUUCGAUUGGGGAUAAUAUUGUGUCCAUCCAUCCAAAAAUUCUCGACCCAUCUCAACAUCGAAUAACUCUGGGUCACAUUGCGGAAUAUCACUACUUCAGUGCUGAAUCUGAAGAGGCUGGCGAAAUUACGGAAGUUAUAGGUGCUGAAGUCAAAUCUCUUUGGGAUUCAGCAAAGCUUCAUCUUGGUAGUACGCACAUCAAAAGCAGUUUGAAACCACCCGGAAAACAUUUUUCAAAAAAGAAACCACGUUUUGCAAUAGACGACGAACCUUUUGAAAAACAUAGAGAUUCGCUCGACAAAGAUGGGGGGAGCACACAAGGAGCUCAUUACACGUUUCCGGGCAAGGAUGACAAUCAAGAAUCGGAAUUGCAAAAUAAGGAUUGGGCAGAAAAUGGGGGCAUGUCUCAAGUUAUCAAACGUGAACAAAACAUGGAUGACGUUUUAACAGCAGCUUUUGGCGAUGAUUCGAAUUCAGCUGAAUCAAAAACGCAGAAAUCAGAAAAAGAAGAAAAUCCUUGGGAUCAAUUUAAAUCCUUUCCUUCUGAGGAUCUUUCUGAAAAGGAUGAACAAAUGUUCAAUUUUUUCACCAAAGUUGCCAAGUAUUUCUCUGUGUUUAUAUUUGGUGGAACUCUGUUACUUGCAUCAAUCUGCAGCAAGUCAUCUUUGCUCGUAAUAGCAAACUAUUAUUCUCAAGACUACAGCAAGGAAACUGCUUGUGACAAAGUUGAUAAUCAGCCAUAUUUUAUACGAUACCAUGCAAUGUUAAUGUUGAUGGUUUGUCUCUGCUUUCCCGAUGUUCUUACGUUUGUUUAUAGCAUAUACAGGCUUAUCAUGAAAAACGAAAAGGCCGAAAUGAAUUGGAGAUUCUGUAUAGCGGGAAUGAUACCUGAAAUAUUUAAUGCUGUUGGAUUGACUUUUCUAGUAGUGAAAGUUGUUCCAAGCAUUGAUGCAACUCUGGCAACUUUGAUGUUCUCACUCAUAGCUUUUAUACCAAGUGUAAUCCAUGCUCAUGCAAAAUAUCAAUCUUUCAAAAAAUACAUUGGGAAGAGAGGGAAGAAGAAUAAACAAAAGGAAGAGCCGGUUCAAAAUCAGGAUGACCGAAAAAGAAGUUUGAUAUUUAGCAUUAUAACAUUGAUUCUACAGCCUACUGGAUAUGUAUUGUUAUCUUGGGAGAUUUACAAUCAAGUUCCGCAUGAUGGAGACACACAAAACUGGAGUAUUAUGAUAUAUGCUGUUUGUUCACUGUUCCUAAUCUCAUUCCGUUACUGGGAAAAUUUUGUAUCUUCGGAUUUGUUUGGAAUAAAACAAACAAAGAAAUCAGGUGAUCACCAAAGAAAAGGGGACGACACGGGAGAAAAGAAACCAGAAAAUGUUGAAAAAGUCACGAAAGAACACGAAGGGGAAAAAUAUCUGCUUCCUUUAUUAAACAUCCAAAAAACUUGCGAUCAAACGCGAUUCAAAACUUCUAUCAUUUACUCGGUCGUCAGAAUUGGUUUUAUAGUAUUUUUCUGCUUCAUCAUUCAUUUUGUAAUCAAUGGGAACAAAGCAGUUGUAUUUCGAACUCACGCAACAAAAUUUCAUUUCAAGGAUUAUCCAGCAAGACUUAGUUGCUUGAGAAUCAUAAACCCAAUGUGGUAUGGCGUAUUGACGCAUUGUAUUUGUGCGUUGUUGGCAUUUUUCUUCGGUCGAGUCGCUUGUCAGACUCGUGCCCAAAUUCUGGGAUAUUCGUGUCCACUUGUGUUGGUGACUCCAAUAAUGAGUUUAUUAACCUCUGUAUAUACUAUGUAUGGUGCCAAAUAUGGAAUAACUUUGAUGAAUUAUUUUUUUCUGCCCGUGAAACACGCUCCCCUCAACGACUAUAUAGGAUGGAAAACAACACUCCAGAAUUUGGACGAAUCGUGGAAAAUUGUUCUAAUUGUCGUCGUGGGAUUGUUUGUCGGUUCAUUUUCUCUAUUUUUCCUAACAUUUUUCAUGUGGGAAGAGAAGUUUCGUAAGCAGUUGGUCAAAAUGGAAAGAACGGAAGCUCUGUUUGUAAAACCCAUCUAUGGCGGACCAUUGAUAAAUGAAGAACUUAUGUUGAACAGGCGACAAUACAUAGACAUCUACAGAGAUCGUGUGAAAAGCGAAGUUAUGAAAGAUACCAAAGACCGGGACGACUGGUCUAGGAAAUCCUCACAGAAAAAGAAGAAACGACGAAAUACAAUGUACAAUCCAAGGACGUACAUACCCCAAGUGUUUUUGUGUGCCACUAUGUGGCAUGAAACGGAGCAAGAAAUGACACAACUUCUUACAAGUAUUAUGAGGCUAGAUAAACACCAAGGAACAACAGACAAAAAACACGAUGAUUACUUCAACUUUCAAGUUCAUGUCCUAUUUGACGAUGCGAUGGAAUGGGCAAAGAAAAAAGUCGAUGAAGAUUCUGACGAAUAUGAAGUACGACUUGUACCAAAUAAAUUUGUCCACAUGCUUGUGAACUUGAUAUCUGUAGCUGCCAAAAAAGUGAAUCCGCAUUCAGACAUUUUUAAAAGUUCGGAAACGGGUAAAAAUAAAAGCAAAUUGGAACCUGUCAUUUAUCCAACUCCAUACGGUGGCAGAAUCGAAUUCGUGUUGGAGUAUGGUAAUCUAUUUCACAUUCACCUGAAAGACAACGACAAGAUAAGAAAUCGAAAACGUUGGUCACAAUGUAUGUACAUGUAUUACAUCCUUGGUUAUCUACAAGAAACAAAGAAGGCUUACAGCAAAGAUGAUGUAUUUUUGUUAGCAUUGGAUGGCGAUGUCGACUUUCAACCAAAAUCGUUGAUUUAUUUACUCGAUCGAAUGAAAAAAAAUCCAGAAGUUGGCGCAGCUUGUGGUAGAAUUCAUCCAAUAGGUAAUGGACCGGUCGUAUGGUUUCAGAAGUUUGAAUACGCCGUGGGACAUUGGCUUCAAAAAUCAGCAGAGCAUGUCAUCGGAUGUGUUUUAUGUAGUCCUGGAUGUUUCAGCUUAUUCCGUGGAGAAGCUUUGAUGGAUGUAAAUGUCGUUCAUAGAUACACUACAAGAGCAACAGAAGCAACACAUUAUAUUCAAUGGGAUCAAGGAGAGGACAGAUGGCUCUGUACACUUUUGCUGAAACGAGGCUGGAGGAUAGAAUAUGCUGCUAUUUCGGAUUCAUACACUUAUGCUCCUGAAGAAUUCAAAGAAUUUUACAACCAGAGAAGACGCUGGGGACCAUCCACAAUGGCAAACGUUUUUGAUAUUUUGAUGGACUCAAAAUUGACAAUACGAAACAACAAUUAUAUUUCCCGAUUUUACAUUGCAUAUCAGAUGGGAUUGAUGGCAUCAACUCUGCUGGGACCAGCAACUGUUGUUUUAGUUGUACAAGGAGCAUUUGCUUAUGUUUUUGGAAUGAGUCAAAUCGGCUCAUUGAUGGUCGCUAUCAUACCUGUUAUUGUAUUCAUCAUCUUAUGUUAUACAACAUCUCAAGACUUCCAAAUAGCGGUUGCGGGGAUUUUAACGAUUGUUUAUGCUCUAGUUAUGAUGGCUGUUCUGGUAGGAAUUAUUGGGCAAAUGACUGAAACAUUGUUGAAUCCCAAUUCAAUAUUUAUGUUGGCAAUGAUAUUUAUCUAUGCUUUCACUGGAAUUAUUCAUCCAACUGAAAUGAUGUGUCUACUACAUGGUUUGCUCUACUACCUGUGUGUUCCAUCUGCAUUUAUCCUCUUGAUGGUUUAUAGUUUAUGUAAUAUGAACAAUGUAUCGUGGGGAACAAGAGAAGUAAAAAAAGAUAUUGCUGAUUCGGUUGAAGCUUCGCAAAAUGCGCUGAAGGCGGUUGCCAAUAAAAACAAACCAAAAGUAAAAAGAUCAAAAAGCCUUCAAUUGGGACCUUCAGUGUACGACGCAGCUUCCACUUCUGAAGGAUACUAUAGCUGUGGAUUGGGUAAUUUGUGCCAAUGCGCACUCUGCAUAAAUCCCACUCCUGCCGUUGGUCUAACUACCAAGCAAAAUGCGAGCAAAAAAGAAGACACUCCGGUAGUUGAGACUGUUCCAGGCGCGCGCAAAAGCACUGUACGGCAACCGGUAACUGGAGUUGAUAGAGAAGCUAUUAGAAAAUACAGUGUACACAAAAGUAUAUUUAUGGGACAACCGGAUGGUGAUUCCAAAGCUCUAGAGAAAAAAUUAAACAACCGAUCAAUAUCUGUGUCUCAGCUCCGAUAUUUGAAUGAUAAUAACCAAAACAUCGACGAUGCUGCUGCAUUAAGAAUGGCAAUGAGGCGUCGAAGAGAGUCAAAAAGAAAAAUGUCAAGAAUGCAUGAAAAGACUGAAAAAUUAGCAAAAGAAUUGAAAGCAGAGCAACAACAGGGAGUAAGGAGAAAGAUCACUGGCGUUGAUUCUGGCGGUGAAGAUGAUGACGAGGAAUUAGAUGAUUUUAUUCAGGAACGGCAAUUAGAUGAAGAAAAAGAAGGGCUUGACUGGAUUAUAGACGGACCUCUAGAAGAUGGGGCUAUUACUUUCAUCGACAAAGAUGAACAUAAAUUUUGGAAACAAAUGAUUGAAAAAUACCUGGCGCCAUUGAAAGAAGACAAGGAAGAUAAGAAAAGAAUUCAAUCAGAUUUGAUUACAUUGCGAAACAAAAUGACGGGAGCAUACUUUCUGAUCAAUAGUUUGUGGAUCGUUUUGACUUUUUCACUAACUUUGGCAAUUCAAGAUAUAAACAUCACAUUUAAUGACAGGAAUGGAAACGAAAUCGUGCUGCAACCACUCUCUUUUCUAUUUCUUAUUUUCUUCCUUGUGAUUCUAUUGAUCCAGUUUGUGACAAUGUUGAUUCAUCGAUGGUCAACGUUUGUACAUUUGAUGGCGGCGACAGUAAUUGGUAAUGAAGAAAAUGACAAAAAUAAUGCAAAAACGAAUACAAUUCCCAAUCAAUCCACUUCAAAGAAAAUAGAUGGAAAAAAGAACAAGAAAAAAAAAUCUAAAAAAUUGUCGGUGGAGGACGUGAAUGAGACUAUUGGAAGCGGAGUUGAAAAUCGAGCUUUUGACAGCAACUUUAGCACAAAAACCCCUCAUAAACAUGAAUCUUUGCGAAUGAAACGGGAUGGUUUGGCAAGUAUUUCUCCUGCACGUCAUAUGACUGACAUAGAAGAAUCAAUGAAUACUGAUGGCAAUAAUCGCUCUAAAAGAAGAAGCAGUGAAAAAUCGAUGGAUGCAGACAUGAUGCAACAGAAUCAUAUCCAGGAGUCUGGGGAUUCCUUUUCAUUUACAUAUAGCAGGCGUGGUUCAAAUCGAGAAGGCGAUGGCGGUAACUAUGAAUUGAAAACAUUUACGGAUCCGUACCAAAACAAAAGGGAAGGUGAUGCUCCAUUUGAUCCUCUCGGCCCCGUUGACCAAACUGACACGGAUUUUGGUAACUCUGAAAUGGGAGAUCAGUUAGAUGCAGCUAUGGUAAAUUUGACUAGCCAACAAUACAAUGCAUCACAUGUGUCGGAUUCUGAUAAGAACGAAGAUAGCCUAGAAAAUACUGUGUUUUGAUGCAUAUAACUUUCAACGUUCAAUAUAUUACAUCCCAUUUGCAAUCGUUUAAAAUAUGAUCCCAACCCAACAGUUAAUUACCAGCUAAACUCGAUUUAUAUAGACAAAUUCAUUCAGAAUUCAGCAAAUGUUGGUGUGUUGAGUUAACACACUUGUGAUUUAGAUCCCGGUAUAACUGUGUUCAAUUUUUAUAUCUCUCAAUUUCCUACUUUUCAAUGACUGAAAAAAAUAAACUUGACUAUAUCUUUAACUUCCACAAAUUUCUGGCAUUUUCGAAAAGAAUUCCCUACAAGACAUAAAAUUGAAAAUUUUCGAACCUUAUCUCCAAAUAACUCAUUGCUGAUAUGGAAAGCGAUCUGAAUGUAACAGUCGUUUUGUGAGUUACAACGGAAUCUACAUUUGUAAGAAGUUGACGUACACUUACAUCAAGUCAAGUUUAUAUUUUCCAAUCAGUAAAAAACAAUCGUACUAAAAAAGUUUUGUUCGUAUCGGUAUUUUAAGUGAAGGACCGUUUACGUCCAUUCUAACUUCGAUGAAGGACAAAGACAGAAAUUCUCAAUAAAAGACUCACCUUUGAAAUAAGGGACGGUUGGAAACCCCAGAGAGAAGUUAGCUGAUUCACAUCUUGCCCUGUAAAUACUUAGUUCAUUUAAGCAAUUUGAUUACGAGAAAUACAAGUUCGAGCCAAUACCGUAAAACUAUAAAUUAAACUUGAAAUUUUGAUGUGAAUAGCGCUCUGAUUACAAUUUUUAUAGCGUUGAUAUUUAUCGUGGUUGUUAAUUAGCGAGAUACUUGCUUAAGUGACCAAGCAUGCCCAGUUAAAAAUCAUGUUAUGAAUUGAUGGUAACGUAUUGUAGAUCGUUAAUAUCAAGAUUCUGUGUUUUUGUAUGUAGAGGACGCUUGGGUUAUUUUAUAUGUUAUAUUUUGUUUGACUUCAAGUAAAGCUUUGUAUGAAUCAUAUGUAUUGGAUUCAUGCAUAUGCAAUUUCUUUGUUAGAAAUAUUUUUUAAAUAAAUAAUAGAG